UAUUAUUUAACCAAAAUUAGGUGAAAGAAAGAGAAAAGUAAAAGGCAGGUCAGUUUAAUUAUUAACUUUACUUUGUCACAAGUAAAACUUAUCAAAAUUUUAAAAAUCAUUUGUAUCUUAAGUUAUGGGCUUUUAAUAAUAAUAGUAAUAAUAAUAAUAAUAGCAUGAGUCAGACAGACAAGUCCAUCAUAAAAGACAAGAGGGGCUGGGAAGAAAAGGGGUGGGGGGGGUCGUUUUCUUAUACGCUACAUCAGGCACGCUGUAUGUUAUUUCUCUAUGGCUAAUCUUUUUGCGAAAUUUCCAAACAAUUCUAAACCAAUAAGAAUUUAGUAAAAAUUUCAUAAAAAGUUCACUUUAAAUAUUUGGUUGCCAUUUAUCAACAAGUGUAAGCAAUGCGUUUUUCUCUCCAGUUGAUGUUAAAUAAAUUAUGUAUAUAAGGGCAAUCUGAAGAUUAGUGGCUAUCAAUACAUCAGGGGCCAUCCAUAUAUUAGAGGCCAUCCGUAUAUUAGGGUCCAUCCGUAUAUUAAGGACCAUCCGUAUAUUAAGUGCUAUCCGUAUAUUAGGGACCAUCCGUAUAUUAAGAGCUAUCCGUAUAUUAAGUUCCAUCCGUAUAUUAAGAGCUAUCCGUAUAUUAAGUGGUAUCCGUAUAUUAUGCUGCCCCCUCCCCCAUCCAUGCGUAUGCACAAUGUGCUCUCAGUUCUCUCCCCAUCCAUGCGUAUGCACAAUGUGCUCUUAGUUCUCUCCCCAUCUAUGCGUAUGCACUAUGUGCUCUUAGUUGUCUCCCCAUCCAUGCGUAUGCACAAUGUGCUCUCAGUUCUCUCCCCAUCCAUGCGUAUGCACAAUGUGCUCUUAGUUCUCUCCCCAUCUAUGCGUAUGCACUAUGUGCUCUUAGUUCUCUCCCCAUCCAUGCGUAUGCACAAUGUGCUCUUAGUUCUCUCCCCAUCUAUGCGUAUGCACUAUGUGCUCUUAGUUCUCUCCCCAUCCAUGCGUAUGCACAAUGUGCUCUCAGUUCUCUCCCCAUCCAUGCGUAUGCACAAUGUGCUCUUAGUUCUCUCCCCCAUCCAUGCGUAUGCACUAUGUGCUCUUAGUUCUCUCCCCCAUCUAUGCGUAUGUACUAUGUGCUCUUAGUUCUCGCCCCCAUCUAUGCGUAUGUACUAUGUGCUCUUAGUUCUCGCCCCCAUCUAUGCGUAUGUACUAUGUGCUCUUAGUUCUCCCCCAUCUAUGCGUAUGCACAAUGUGCUCUUAGUUCUCUCCCCAUCUAUGCGUAUGCACAAUGUGCUCUUAGUUCUCUCCCCAUCUAUGCGUAUGCACUAUGUGCUCUUAGUUCUCUCCCCAUCCAUGCGUAUGCACAAUGUGCUCUUAGUUCUCUCCCCAUCCAUGCGUAUGCACUAUGUGCUCUUAGUUCUCUCCCCAUCUAUGCGUAUGCACAAUGUGCUCUUAGUUCUCUCCCCAUCUAUGCGUAUGCACAAUGAGCGAUAUGGUCAUGCCAUAAGUCACUGGUUCAUAUUUUACAGAUAAUUUAUUGUAGCUGAUAAGACUCAAAACGGGUUUGUUAGUUUUUUUUUAAAAAUUAAACGCAUUCUUCCUUCAGUCUUCGCGGGAUGAUGAAGUAGCCAAUGACACGUCAUCAGACGGCUUACGAGGCCGAUCCUAGAAUGGAAGUCUCGGCUGCAAUUCUCGCAGGAGAACCUUUGCUCCUGGUUAAUGCUCUUUUUGUUGCAAGGGCAUGUUCUGCCGUUUUUUUUUGUUUGUUUUUUUUUGUUAACUCAUUCGUACACUGCUUUCCGCCAGCCGGAACGGUGAUCAGCGGACGGCAGUCCCUCACUCGUCGUCAAUCUCUUGUAGGUCGGUGUCAAAGCCAGGACACAUGGUUCUUACGUUCCAUGUUGCGAAGCGAAGUGGGGGAGUCUUCCUUCUAUUUGCUUUCCUUGCUUUACAACAAUAACAACAACAAACCAAAAAACAAAAGAAAGAAAAAAAAAAGAAGAAAAAACCCUGCUUCCAGCGCCGCUACAUAGCUUGGACGGUGUUUUGUGGAGGCCAGCGGAUGCCCCCACUCUCUACGCAGCCAGUGGAUCCUAGAGAAUGAAAGCUGUCAAUGCUACUUGGCACUAACUGGGUUGCAGGAGUUGUCGAAAUGACGUUGGGAUCAGCGUCAGAUCGACUUCGGGACUCCAUCUCCGGGUUGUACAGUUUGGGUUUUCUCCCCCGAAUCUUACCCUAAUUUCCCGCAUUGAUUUUAAAUAUUGCUGUUGAUAUUCAUUCAAGGCUUUCCCAUCUUGUUUCAUCAACUUCGAUGCGAGUAAUCCUCUAGGCCCUCUGGCCGUGCAACCGACUAACCACCAGUCACAUGAUUAACUGUCCCCAGGUUCUGUGGUUGAAGAUUACCUCAGACUAAGCUGAUGUCUGUAGUCAUUUUCUAUGCCAUCGGAAUGAUGCCGGUGUCAUGGGUAUGUAUGGAUGUGCAUGGUUAUUCUGCGUGGGCGAGCAUGUGUAUUUAAUGGGUUUUAUGGGUAGGUGUGGCUAAUUAUGGUUUGGGUGGAUGGCUGAGCUUAGAUCUACAUUUUCGUAUAUGCUGGGGUAAAGAAUCAAGUCAUGUUUACCGUGAUUUUGUAAGCAUUCGAUGUAUAUAAAAUUAAACAAUUCUCCAUUUGUCGAUAAUUUAAAGAUUACAAUUUUAAUACUAAGUAUUAAAAAAAAAAUUUUUUUUCAAAAACAUUCCAAACUUGUUGGAAGACUUUCUCGCAAAGACGACUUACAACGUACUGAAAAGUAGGAGAUAAUUUUUAUUUUUUUUUAAUGUAUUUUUUAAAAAACAUUUAAGUUUCGUCUACAUUCAAUUCGAAUCCUAUGACGUCACGGAGUGCUCAUCUACACUUCUGCAGUCUUUCUUUGCUUAUUUUUGUUUCAAUAUUGUUCACCAUUAGUUCCUGAUACGUUGUUUGUUUGUAGUUGUUGUUUUUUAGUGCGGAUUAUAUUUCACUGAUAAAAUAAUAUAUAUUCUCAACUCAAUCAAGAUCUCCCGUUUCUUCCACAUAUAUUUGAUUAUUUUAAGACUCCACGACCAGCUUCUCUCUGACAGGAGCAUUUAAGCACCUUUUUUGAUGACACAGAUUUUACUUUUUCGUUUGUGAUUGUUCAUAUCAGUCCACUUAGAAAGAGCAUAAUCCAUCUUGUCAGUCUGUCUUGGUGUUCAUUUUCUACUAAAUUUUUGUGUCCCUAAACUAUGUGAUAAAAUUGGCUCGUUUAACUUCAUAGGGAAUUAGGAUUUUUUUUAAAUAUUCUAAUCUAAACAUGCUGUCAGUUCCAUAAAACGAGUUCUCAUUCUAUUAAAAAAUCUCUCAGUUCUAUUAAACUACCUCUAAGUUCUAUUAAACUAGAGCUUAGUUCUAUUUUACAAUCUCUCACUUCUAUUAAACUGCCUCUAAGUUCUAUUAAACCAGCUCUAAGUAAAAACCAACUCACAGUUCUUUUAAACCAGCCCUCAGUUCCAUUAAACCAUCUCUCAGUUCUAUUAAACCAUCUCUCAGUUCUAUUAAACCAACACUCAGUUCUAUUAAACCAAUACUCAGUUCUAUUAAACCAUAUCCCAGUUCUAUUAAACCAAUACUCAGUUCUAUUAAACCAUCUCUCAGUUCUAUUAAACCAUCUCUCAGUUCUAUUAAACCAUCUCUCAGUUCUAUUAAACCAUCUCUCAGUUCUAUUAAACCAUCUCUCAGUUCUAUUAAACUAUCUCUCAGUUCUAUUAAACCAUCUCUCAGUUCUAACUCUUAGCUAUUUUAACGCUAACAGUUCUCGUUACUUGUUGAAUUGUUUAGUUUGAAUUAAUUUAUCCUCCGUUUUCGUUUUUUUUUUUUUUUUCAUCUUCUUGUCAUUACUUAGAUUUUGAAAAUAAGCUCUGGCUUUUGUGACCCGCCAGGUCCUGGGCAUAGUCAUGUUCGCUUAUUUUUUUAUUUUUUUGUUUUAAUUUAUUUUUCCCCCUUUUUCUUUUUUUUUUUUUUUUUUUUCAUCUUCUUGUCAUUACUUAGAUUUUGAAAAUAAGCUCUGGCUUUUGUGACCCGCCAGGUCCUGGGCAUAGUCAUGUUCGCUAGUGGAGUCAUCCUACGAUUUAAGUUUGGUGAGGCAGCCAGCUUCUACGUGGAAGGAGUAAACGGUGUGGUGGACUUGAUGUCAGCCCGUAAUGAGAUAGGACAAACCAUCUGUCCAGUCUUGGAGGAUAUUCCUAAUCAAGUGGCUGUGGGUUACUGGUAUGUUACAUUAUCAUAUGAGUUGUCAUAAUAUGGCACGACACCGGCAGGCACGAGUGGUGUAUUAUCACUAUGUAACAGACACUGGCAGGCGUGUAGUAUCACUAUGUGACAGAAACUGGCAGGCAUGUAUUAUCACUAUGUAACAGACACUGGAAAGCGUGUAGUAUCACUAUGUGACAGACACUGGCAGGCAUGUAGUAUCACUAUGUAACAGACACUGGCAGGCGUGUAGUAUCACUAUGUAACAGACACUGGCAGGCGUGUAGUAUCACUAUGUGACAGACACUGGCAGGCGUGUAGUAUCACUAUGUGACAGACACUGGCAGGCGUGUAGUAUCACUAUGUGACAGACACUGGCAGGCAUGUAGUAUCACUAUGUGACAGACACUGGCAGGCAUGUAGUAUUACUAUGUGACAGACACUGGCAGGCAUGUAGUAUUACUAUGUGACAGACACUGACAAGUGCGAGUGGUGUGGCUAAGGGAACUGGAUCCAUUAUAUAGAUCAGUGGUUCUCAAACUGUGGGCCGCGACCCCUUUGGGGGUCGCAUGACCCUCUCCCAGGGGUCGCCUAAGACCAUCUGAAAACACAUAUGCUCUACAAUAAUGAAGUAGAAACGAAACUAAUUUUGUGCCUGGGGGUCACCACAACAUGAGGAACUGUAUUUAAGGGUCGCGGCAUUAGGAAGGUUGAGAACCACUGAUGUAAAUGAUUUUAAAAAAAUAUCAUAAUUAGCUAUGACCCAUAUUAUACACACGGCCAUCCGCUGACAAAUCCACGGUUAACCCACACGGAAAGCCACACAAGCAAAGCAUUGCCCAUCCUCAGGGCCAUCUUCUUCUCUGCCCUGCUGAUCAUCAAUGGCACGGUCGUGAUCCUGUACUCAACCAUGGGCUUUGUCGGGGCGCUGAAUGGCAUCACGGAGAUGAUUCUUUUGGUGAGUUUGUGCAUGAUCGUGUUGCCUUCACGGGAGCAUUAAUGGGGAAUAGGCAUGAGCUUAAAUGGGGAUUGUACAUGAGCUUAAAUGGGGAUUGUACAUGAGCUUAAAUGGGGAUUGUACAUGAGCUUAAAUGGGGAUUGUACAUGAGCUUAAAUGGGGAGUGUACAUGAGCUUAAAUGGGGAUUAUACAUGAGCUUAAAUGGGGAUUGUACAUGAGCUUAAAUGGGGAUUGUACAUGAGCUUAAAUGGGGAGUGUACAUGAGCUUAAAUGGGGAUUAUACAUGAGCUUAAAUGGGGAUUGUACAUGAGCUUAAAUGGGGAUUGUACAUGAGCAAUAAUGUCGAUGGGAUACUACCUUUAAUUUCAUGGGAAUCGGAAACCCAAAUAUAUUCAGACACAGCAUAUGCAUUUUUUUUUUUUAACUUUAAGAGCUAAAUUCUAUAUUUUAAUGAAACUAUAAAAAAAAAUGAUGUCAUAUUUUAUAUACGUUAAAUAUAAUCAUAACGGGAUUCCACCCCCCUCCCCAACCCCCACCCCAACCCACAUUUCCUAGACCAGUGACUUAAUAUAACCACGAGUAACCAUCCCAUUAGGUCGUCGUCUUCAUCCCGAUCUCCGUGACCAUUGACUUCUACCUUUACAACGUCAUGAAAAACUUGGACGCUGAUGUAAGUUUUGACAACAGAUGUGGUUUGUGUACAAUGGUAUUGGGUAAAUAAUGGAUUGCUAGGUGAGGUGGUUUGUGUACAAUGGUAUUGGGUAAGUAAUGGAUGGCUAGGUGUUCAACUCUCAGCACUCAUAACUUAAAGGCCCUUUGAACAUAACUGUACUUAAGUUACAAUAUUAAUUUUAAAAUUUAAGGAGGAAGAUUUCUGAAAUGAAAAAUGUCGAGAUUUUGAUAUGGGAGCUAAGACAGGGGUUCUCAAACCAUCUUGCAGAGCCACGCAAUCUCUUGAUUUCAAAAAAAUUCCAGCACCUUUCUCUCCAUUUCAAAACAUUUUCAGCACCAUUCUUUCCAUUUCAUAACAUUGCCACCACCAUUCUCUCCAUUUCAAAACAUUUCCACCACCAUUCUCUCCAUUUCACAACAUUUCCACCACCAUUCUCUCCAUUUCACAACAUUUCCACCACCAUUCUCUCCAUUUCAAAACAUUUUCAGCACCAUUCUUUCCAUUUCAUAACAUUUCUCUCCAUUUCAAAACAUUUCCACCACCAUUCUCUCCAUUUCACAACAUUUCCACCACCAUUCUCUCCAUUUCAUAACUUUUCCACCACCAUUCUCUCCAUUUCAAAACAUUUUACAGCAGCCCCAACGAUAAAAAAAAAACAACUAACAUAAACGCAAUUGAACCUCUGAUUUUUCUGGGUCUUCCCGCAACUCCUGACACUGCCUUUUGCACCACCGGCUAAGAAUCCCUGAUCUAAGUGACCAAUGCCACCAACAUAAUUGUUCUGGUUUGAAACGUUUCAACUACAAAAAUGUCAAGAAAAAAUUAAUAUUAAAAGAAAGUUAUGUAAUUGAGUCGGUGUCCGUUUCUCGUCAGUUCCACACAGACGCCAAGGACGAUAUGAUAAAGCUGUUACAAGACUACUACGCCAUAGAAGGGGACUAUCAUUUCUUCACUGAGCUUUUGAACGCCGUCAUGAUCAUGGUGAGUCACGGUCCACACUGGGAUGGAGCGAGGAGUCAGGCCUGGAAUAGAUGAGUCAGGGAUGGGAUAGAGGAGUAAGGGAUGGGAUAGAGGAGUCAGGGAUGGGACAGAGGUGUCAGGGAUGGGAUGGAGGUGUCAGGGAUUGGAUAGAGGAAUCAGGUAUGGGAUAGAAGAGUCAGGGCUGAAAUGGAAGAAUCAGGAAUAGGAUAGAGGAGUCAGGGGUUUGGAUAGAGGAGUCAGUGACGGGAAAGAGGAGUCAGGGUUGGGAUAGAGGAGUCAGAGAUGGGAUAGAGGAGUCAGUGAUUGGAUAGAGGAGUCAUGGAUGGGAUAGAAGAUUCGGGGAUGGGAUAGAGGAAUCAUGGAUGAGAUAGAGGAUUCGGUGAUGGGAUAGAGGAGUCGGGCUGGGAUAGAGGAGUCGGGCUGGGAUAGAGGAGUCGGGCUUGGAUAGAUGAGUCAGGGAUGGGAUAGAGGAGUCAGGGCUGGGAUAGAGAAGUAAGAGUUGUAAAAGUUCAUUUUAAUUUUUUUUUAAUUUUCAUUGGCCAUUUGAUUGUUCUCAUUGCAUCCUCUAAUGUAUGUCAAAAUUAGGCCCGUCAUUUGACGUCACAACACCGUGUCGAUGUCCUUCAACAAGAGUCGGUGUCUCAUUCGACACGUAAAUCAUGACGUCAGAGUUUUGAAACGUCUUGUGACAUCAUCAUGGCCACGAAACUUAAACUCAGAAACACGGCUCCAAUCCAUAUGUUGAUGUUCAUCAGUCUUUAUUGCUAGCAUUCAGACUCAGUAAUCGAAUAUUUGGAGUUUUUGCUCUUCUCUCAUCAGUCUUUAUUGCUAGGCUAAAACUCGGUAGAUCUAAUCAAAUAUUUGGAGUUUUUGCUCUUCUCUCAUCAGUCUUUAUUGCUAGCUUAAAACUCGGUAGAUCUAAUCAAAUAUUUGGAGUUUUUGCUCUUCUCUCAUCAGUCUUUAUUGCUAGCUUAAAACUCGGUAGAUCUAAUAAAUAUUUAGAGUUUUUGCUCUUAUCUCAUCAGUCUUUAUUGCUAGCCUAAAACUCGGUAGAUCUAAUCAAUUAUUCAGAGAUUAUGCUCUUAUCCAAUCUUCAAGAUAACAGGAAGAGUUGUCAACCGCGCUAAUAUCAUGUGGCUCUUCACUGCUCCUCUUUCCUGCCCCUUUUCUUUCCCACAGUUCUAUCCUUCUAAUUAUGCCAUUGUCCAAGCCCCGGCCACUGUCCAAGCUCCCGCAACUGUCCAAGCCCCCGCCAUUGUCCAAGCCCCAUCAUCGUCCUAGCUCCUGCCAUUGCCCAAGCCCCGGACAUUGUCCAAGCCACCGCCAUUGUCCUUGCCCCUUGCCUCAAAUGCUCUGGGUACAUAUGCAUGAUCCCUUUGAGUUCACAGCAUAAAUGUUGUGGAAUUAAUGGCGCCACAGAUUUCAACAACUUGACGUUUGUAGAGAAGAUUCGAGAGCCCACCAUCUACCUCUUCAGAGUGAGUUACCUCCCUUUUACUUUAUUAACUCAUUUGACCAGAAGCUGGGAGAUGGGAGGGAGGGGGGUUACUCGGUUAGUAGCGGGGGUUGUUGUUUCUUGACUGUCCUUUUCAUGAUGACGUUAUAUGUUACUUAGUACAGAAUGCUCGGCGCAACUCUUACGGAAACACAUUAGGUUAAUGACUUGUGUUUGCCUGGUCGCUAGCCCAUGAUAAGACACUCGUGUUAAGAACACACACACACACACAGACACACACACAUACAGGCACACCUACAGACACACACAAAAUUGUCCGGGAAGCACGUUUAAUGCACGUUAACUAGAGAAUACGUGUGUCUGUAGGUCCCACCUGCCUGCUGCAUCCGAGAAAUCUUCAACUCCCACUCAGCCUACAGCA